CAGAACUUGAAAGAAUAGAGGAAGGAAAAGAAAAAUGAGUAGGGAGCCAUGGGCUGUUGUGGUGAGGGGUGAGAUGUAGUUACAGUAUAGAAAGAUCUCUCUAGGACCAGGCUGGGCAGACGAUAAACGGGAUGAGGAUGAAGUGCAUGGUGUCCCAUGAAGAUGGCCAGUGUCCAGAACAUGAACCCUCACUCACUCAAGGCUUUGCCUGCCAGGAGGUGGCUAGACCUGCUUAUUGAGCACAGUGAGGGGAGGUGUACCGAGGCUAGCCUGGUCUCUGCGGAGCUGGAGUCUGGUGAUCCGGCUAGGGGAAAGAAGGAUUCUCUUUCCUUAGACCCUUCCAGAGCGUCCUGUGCUCUCUUUCCCCAGUGGGACUACAAUCCCACCUGCCACUCUGCUUGGUCCCCUUCCCAGAUUUUCAGACCUCCGGGGGUUGGGGGCAAAGGUUUCUGACCGGAGGGGAACAAAGGCUUUGGGCCUCGCGCGCGCGGUCAGCAAAACCCGCCCCUUCCCGCCCCCGACUCCACCUAGGCGCCGAUUGGCUGGAUGGAAACCAUCCCUUGUAGUUAAUUGGAUGCUGGGGCCACCUGGUGAUUGGAUGACGUGACGGCUGUAAAUUGCUGAGUUAACACUAUAGAUGCUGAAGCAGAGCCUGACCCAGAACUUUCGAUCCACCUGCAGCGAGCCUUCCCAUUGCGGCCCUACAUUUCUUACAAAGCCGGUUCUCCCCAGCUCCCAAUCACCAAGGGCGCCGAGCCUAUCUAGCGCGCUGGUCGUGGGACUCAGUUUCCCUCAUCGCUGGGUAGGGGCGGGUGCGCCCUAGCCCCGAGAUGCAGUCCAGCAGGCGGCGGCCUCAGGUGGGGCAUGUAAUCUCCUAAAUGUGGGGGUCCUGGGUGUCAGUUUUCUCCUCCAGGUCACCAGCACCAUCGGGUCUCAGUUUCCCCGCAUUUCCUCUCCCGGGCGAGGGCAGGCUGGAGACCUCAGAUUCCCAUUUCUUUCUAGUAGACUGAACCGCUACUGCGCCCAGGGCUCCAAGGCUGCAACCUGGUAGUUGGUGGCCUCUGUAGCCCUUGAAGGUAGUGUCCUGGGUCUGAGUCCCUCGUCCAGAUCUCCCACAACCUCCCGCCUCAGUUUCCCCAACAGCCUCGGAGCCCUCCAGAUCCAACCGGAGCACAAACCAUGGGCUUGGUGUCUCCUCCACCCCUCAGUGGGCCAAACCUCUCCGCCCAUCCCCCCGGUGACCAAUGGGCUGCGGCAUCUCCGUGCGGGGCGGAGCCCGGUUACCCGGAGGAGGUUGUGCCGAGACAGGGCAGCCAUGGCAGCCCGUCGCUGUCUCGUUGCAGCUCCCGAGCCUCUGUCCCCUGCGGCCGUGGCCGAUGAAGCGCCGGAAGAGGAUGAGGACGACGCGGAGGCCGAGGACCCCGAGCGCGGGGCGGGCAGCGGAGCGCGCAGCGGCAGCCUCAGUGGCAUUGGAGGCAGCACGGUUGGGCCUGGGCUGACCCUGGGGGGCGCGCUUACGAGGCGCGCGGUCACGCUGCGGGUGCUGCUCAAAGACGAGCUGCUGGAGCCCGGCGAAGGGGUGCUAUCUAUCUACUACCUGGGCAGGAAGUUCAUUGGGGACCUGCAGCCGGAUGGCAGGAUCCUGUGGCAGGAAACUGGACAAGUCUUCAACUCACCCAGCGCCUGGGCGACACACUGUAAGAAGCUCGUCAACCCGGCCAAGAAGUCCGGCUGUGGCUGGGCGUCGGUCAAGUACAAGGGCCAGAAACUUGACAAGUACAAGGCUGCCUGGCUCCGCCGACACCAGCUGCAUGUGCCAGUAGCUGCUGCUGAUGAGAGUCCCACCAGUGAAGGGGAGGAGGAGGAGCUGCUACUGGAGGAGGACGAAGAAGAUGUGCUGGCGGGGGUCUCAGCAGAGGACAAAGGCCGCAGACCGCCUGGGAAGGUCUCUGAGCCAGAGGCCACAACCCUGGGCAAGCGUGUGGACAAGGUCCAGGUGCCAGUGCGUUACUGCAUGCUGGGUAGUCGUGACUCUGCCAGGAACCCCCACACUCUGGUAGAAGUCACAUCCUUUGCUGCCAUCAACAAGUUCCAGCCAUUCAACGUGGCCGUUUCCAGUAACGUGCUGUUCCUCUUGGACUUCCACUGUCACCUGACUCGGAGUGAGGUCGUGGGCUACCUUGGUGGUCGCUGGGACAUUAACAAUCAGAUGCUGACCGUGCUGAGAGCCUUCCCCUGCAGGAGUCGGCUGGGGGACACUGAUACAGCGGCCACUGUUGAAGAGGAGAUCCAUCAGGUGCUGUUCCUUCGAGGCCUGUCCCUGGUGGGUUGGUACCACAGUCACCCACACAGCCCCGCAGUGCCCUCCCUGCAGGACAUCGACGCACAGAUGGAGUACCAGCUAAGACUGCAAGGCUCCAGCAAUGGCUUCCAGCCUUGCCUGGCCCUGCUGUGCUCCCCCUACUAUUCUGGCAACCCAGGCCCUGAGUCCAAGAUCUGCCCUUUCUGGGUGAUGCCUCCCCCCGAGCAAAGGCCCAGUGAUUAUGGCAUCCCUAUGGACGUAGAGAUGGCGUAUGUCCAGGACAGCUUCCUGACCAGUGAUGUCCUUCAAGAGAUGGUGCUGCUGGCGGAGUUCUACAAGGGCGCCCCUGACCUCGUGAGGUUCCAGGAGGCCUGGAGCCCAGAGCAUACCUACCUGGACAAGCUCAAGAUGUCCUUGGCCAGCAGGACCCCAAAGGAUCAGGGCAUGUGCCAUGUGCUGGAGCAGGUCUGCAGCAUGCUCAAGCAGGGGAGCUGAGGCCAUGCAGGCCCUGCUGUCCUGGACCAGGCUGGGCAAUAAAGUACCCACACACGGACCUGUGGCUGGGGUAGGAUGGCAGGCGGACCCUUGGGCUGGAUAAUAAAGUCUAAGUACCCACA